GAGGCCGUAAGACAAUAAGACUCCGGAUCGUAGUCAGGCCCCUUGCCACGGAGCCAAGGAUGAAAUACUCCAUUUACCCUUUCGCGUGCUUACCUAGCUGUCCGUAUAUAUCCUUGUCAAUUCAAGCAAGUAGGUCCCCCUUCCCAUCACGGAACUCUGCGCCCACCUCUUGCAGUAUUCGUCCAACAAAAGGCCACAGACUCCGUUCUUCGUCCUUUCUUGCCUAUUUUCGUCCUAUUUCGCCUCUUCUCUGGGUCUCUUUCUCCUUUCUAGGCCUGACGUUCGUUUCGCAUCCUCUUCCGUUCAACAAUGUCCGAUGACAAUAGUCACGGUUUCUGUCCGGAUAUUAAAAUGGUCGAGGUAGCAUCUCCCAUCCAAAACUGUUGCCGCGGGUCAGGCGAAUCUCUGCCCCCCAGCACCAAUCUUACCUGGGCGCCCACAACUCACUGCGAUACCUCCCCUUCGCUCAUGGAAUCCCUAGAUUCCUUUGAGCCUCGACCCUUCCCUCCCCCUUCACUGCUUGACGUCCCCGUCGAGUACAUCAUCGAUCAGCUUCAUAAUUUGGCUCCGCAUUAUUGGGAUAAACUCGAGACUGCAGAUUGUACAUUAGUUGUUCCCGUCCCGUAUCCCGGCGGCAAGCACGCCUCGGAACCACUUGAAUCCCCCUUACCCUCAUACGAUCCGUCCGGUCUUGGUCGACGCGCGACUGAGCCAACACUGACCGCUGUUCCGUUAAUACGGAUGCAGCUGCAUACCGACUACCUCUCUGCCCACUCCAGUUUCCUACGCUCGCUCUUUAGUGGAGCAUCUCCCAUUGACCUAAUAAACCCAACAAGCUCCCUACAUCCACCAGGUCUGCGAACCUCUUCCGGAAAGUUCACAAUACCGCCGAACCGCUUGCCCCGACUAAUGCCCUCAUCCACCCCGUCCCAUCCUGUUCUCUAUCUCCCCAUACCAGACCCGGCGUCUUUGCAUUACGUUGUACAUUGGAUGUACUUUGGCACAACCGACAUGAUAGAAGACGCCCUCGUCCAUGGUGUUAUACAAUGGGAAGGUAUCGCACGUAACGUCGAAUACCUAGGCCUACCUACGGACAUCAAAGUAUUCUUGGGAAGAUGGUUCGAGCGAUGGCUGAAUCCUGACCGGCAUGGAAUAGACGAUGUCUACGCUUCUGAUGAGGAGGAAGAAUCGGAUACGGCAUGCAGUGAUGAUGAUUAUGAUGAUGACGACCUCAUGAAUGACUUGGAUUCGGAUAGGGAAGGAAUGUGUUGGAAAGAUGGCAGAGAUGACGACGAGGAACCCUGUCGUGGGAGGACCCGGGCUACCAGGUGCUUGUCAUGGGCGUCCACGGCAUCGACAUCAGCGGUGUCGUACGAGUCUGUUUGAUGACCCUUCUUCUUCCCUUACGCAUUGCUUUUUUUCGAUUUCACCCGUGGAUGCUUUUUUCGUUCGCACUUAUCAUUAUUAGUUGCUCUUACUAGUCCUGCUUUCGACCGAUUGUUCUUCGAUUUCACUAUUAACACGUUCCUUCACCGUCGCUCAGAGUCUCAAGAGAACUACUUGUAUUACUACACAUCCUAUUAGUUGAGGUAUACUCACAACAACAAUAAAGAGCGAAAACAUAAUAAAGAACAGGAGCCGGACCCCUCUGGACCCAUACAACAAUGGUAUAAUGUCACAUGUGAAAUCUUAUUGUUCACUGCCUCGCUUUGUGCUUGCUUCGGACGCGGAACUCACGGUCACUAACGCGGGGCUACGGAGUAA